GGGGGGAACGGGGUUACAGUUCUAGCUGAAGAAAGAAACUGAUCUACAUGUGCUUCACUAUCCAUUGGAAGAAUGACAGAUGACAAAGAUGUACUUCGAGAUGUGUGGUUUGGACGAAUACCAACCUGUUUCACUCUGUAUCAGGAUGAGAUAACUGAAAGGGAAGCUGAACCUUACUAUUUGCUUUUGCCAAGGAUAAGCUACUUGACACUGGUAACGGACAAAGUGAAGAAACACUUUCAGAAAGUUAUGAGACAAGAGGAAGUUAGUGAAAUAUGGUUUGAAUAUGAAGGUACACCACUGAAAUGGCAUUACCCAAUUGGUUUGCUGUUUGAUCUCCAUGCAUCAAAUACAGCCCUUCCUUGGAGCAUCACAGUGCAUUUCAAGAAUUUUCCAGAAAAGGAUCUUUUACAUUGCCAUUCUAAGGAUGUGAUUGAAGCUCAUUUUAUGGCUUGUAUAAAAGAAGCAGAUGCUUUAAAACACAAAAGUCAAGUCAUCAAUGAGAUGCAAAAAAAGGAUCAUAAGCAACUGUGGAUGGGCUUACAGAAUGAUAAAUUUGAGCAGUUUUGGGCAAUAAAUCGAAAACUCAUGGAGUAUCCUCCAGAAGACAGUGGAUUUCGAUACAUCCCAUUUAGAAUUUAUCAGGCAACAACAGAGAGACCUUUUAUACAGAAGCUGUUUCGACCAGUUGCUUCAGGAGGACAGUUGCAUACUUUGGGAGAUCUGCUAAAAGAUGUGUGUCCUAGUGCUAUCACCCCUGAAGAUGGAGAGCAGAAGACUCAAGUGAUGAUUCAUGGAAUUGAGCCAAUGCUGGAAACACCCAUACAGUGGCUAAGCGAACAUAUGAGCUAUCCAGAUAAUUUUCUCCACAUUAGUAUCAUUCCCCGACCUACUGAUUGAAACUCAGCCAUAUUGGUACGCGGAUCAGUCUCAAGCUGGAAUUAUAAGGGCAUGUCAACUUCUUGCUUCUGUCAGUCUUGCCAGAGGCAGCCUGACCAGAAAAAAAAAAAAACACCAACAAAAAAACGAAACAAAACAAGAAGUCCUCACUGCUGCAAGCCAAACAGGAAGAGAGAUCCUAUCAUCAGAUAAGGGCAAUAGGGCUGAUCUUAUUUUGCAUCACCGCUGCUUUUCUUCACCGCUGUAAUUAAAUCAGUUGCGAUAUGAAAGAAUUUACAGGACCUCUGCAAGUCUGCUGUUUUCUUGUAAAAUAUAAUGAAGCUGAAACUGUCAGCCGAAGAGCAAAUGGAAAUAUGCCACUUGAUUGUAUUUCUGAUUAACAAAUAAACAGGGCUGUUUCCUAAAGCGGUAGUGUUUCAACUUUGAGAGUGGAAACAUUGGUUUAAUUUUCUAGAAAGUUAGACACUGAGAGAUUCAGUUACCAAUAGCUUUUUGUAAAAGAUCAAAUUACUGUAAACCCCUCUUUCCUUAAUGAGAAGUUCAUGUUUACAGUAUGUGUAUUGGUAUGCAAAUGAUCUUUUAACUUUGAUAACAAGCAGUGAGAGAUUUUAAAGUAAACCCGUGAGCAUGUUUUGUCAUUUAAAAACAUGCACAACUUAAUAAUUUACAAAUACUGCUGAUUUGUAUGCUGUCAUGAAUACUCCAGUAUGUUUAUUAUUCAAACCAGUUUUCAUAGACUAGCAAUGAUGUAGGAUAAUUUGUCUCAGGAUUUGUCAUGGCAUUUCUUUGUGCUCAUCUAAAUUUUUUUUUCUGUAAGAAUAUUUUCUUAAUUUAGUUUAAAAAGUUUUUUUUUAAAAAAAAGUAAACAGAUGUUGCAAA